UCCUGUUCCUGGCUUCCGCCCUCUCGCUGCCCUCCGAGUCCACGCCUGCAGAGCCAAGCCCCGGACAUCAGCCCCUCAGCGGUGGGGGGGAUCUUCACCCCAAUGAGAGGAGGCGUGGGCCCCGGUCUCCUCAGAGCCGAGGGUUGAGGGCGUUCAGCCUGCACCUGCCCCAAAGGUGACACCUGUGUCCUCCAUGCAGGGCCAAGAUGGGGACCAGGACGGAGGAAGAUUAUAACUUUGUCUUCAAGGUGGUGCUGAUUGGCGAGUCUGGUGUGGGGAAGACCAACCUGCUAUCCCGUUUCACACGCAAUGAGUUCAGUCACGACAGCCGCACCACCAUUGGAGUGGAGUUCUCCACCCGCACUGUCAUGCUGGGCACCGCUGCCAUCAAGGCUCAGAUUUGGGACACCGCAGGCCUGGAGCGCUACCGUGCCAUCACCUCCGCGUACUAUCGCGGCGCAGUGGGGGCGCUCCUGGUAUUUGACCUGACGAAGCACCAGACUUACGCCGUGGUUGAGCGCUGGCUGAAGGAGCUCUACGACCAUGCUGAGGCUACUAUCGUCGUCAUGCUCGUGGGCAACAAGAGUGACUUGAGCCAGGCCCGGGAGGUGCCCACUGAGGAGGCCCGCAUGUUUGCUGAAAACAAUGGGCUGCUCUUUCUGGAGACUUCAGCCUUGGACUCCACCAACGUUGAGCUGGCCUUCGAGACAGUUCUCAAAGAGAUCUUCACCAAGGUGUCCAAGCAGCGACAGAACAGCACCCGCACCAAUGCCAUCACCCUGGGCAGUGCCCAGCCUGGCCAGGAGUCAGGCACCAGCGAGAGGAGAGCCUGCUGCAUCAGCCUCUGACUGGCUCCUGCUGCUGCCUCCAGGCCCACCAGCCCCAGGACUCUCUGUCAUGUGGUGUCCUGGUCAUGACCCCCCUGAUACUCUCAGGCUUCCACCACCCAGAGCUCUUUCAUUGCCCCCUCCUAGACUGGGAUCCUCCAAUAAAGCUGUUUUGUAUCCCC